CAGAUUGCUGCUGCCGUUCCGUCGUCGAGUUCAAUGCUGGAAACUCAUCGGGUUUUCUGAUCUGAGAAAAGCAGCUGUAGAUUUUGUUCCCAUCUUAAUGUUGAGCGAUGAUUAAUUUGUGGAUCUUGGUGCUGUUUGCGUCCACAUGUUCGGCGGCUCCUGUUUCAGAGAUCAUCACAGUUUCUGCUAGGUCUCACAACUCAGUGGAACAAGGCCAAACAGCGACAUUACCCUGCUGGGUCAAUCCAUCCCAAAGUGCUGAGGAUCUGGAGGUUCGAUGGUAUCGUGGCGAUCGCUUUGACACCCCUGUCAUGCUUCGCAAGGCAAAAAAAUUUGUCCAUGAAACCCAGGAAUCUUCAUAUAAUGGCAGAGUCUCAUUUGGCGUAAAGGACGCAGCGUCCGGAGGGCUGAAGACGGGUGACGUCAGCCUGCAGCUGGUAAACGUUACUAUUGGAGAUGAAGGAGUUUACACGUGUUACAUCAGCAGGGAGUUCUCACAUGAUAGCACAACUGCAAGUCUGAGUGUCACAGUCACGGGAAACCCCCCGCUUCUGUCUGCAGUGUGGAAAGAAGAUAAUGUGGUGAAUGUGAGCUGUGAAUCUGAGGGCUGGUAUCCACAGCCGGUGCUACGCUGGUCGGACGGAACAAAAGAUCUUAACCGUGAAAAUCCGAUGUACAGCAGGCUCUCGUCGGGUCUGUACUCGGUCCGCAGCUGGCUUACUGUCCCCACGUCGUCUGAGGUGUCCUGCUCCGUCGGCCUCCAUGAUGAGCACAUGCAGAGGGCCAGGAUGCGUCUGGAACAUCAUCAAAGGGACUCCUCGUCAGGUGGAUGGGUGGCUUUUGGGAUACUCUUCAGUAUCGUAUUAGCCGGCCUUGUAUUAGGAGCUGUGUACUUAAAAAAGAAAGGUACACACCAAGGGAUUAAAAACACUAACUCCAAUGAAGAGACUAAAGGACUUUUAUCUAAAGAGAAUCAAGCGCUAUCAGCAGCUCGCCAGUGCUACGUAAAUGUUAAACUUGAGGACGCAAAAAGUGAAUUCAUCAUAAUCAGAGGUAAUAAAGUGAGGGACAGUGGUAAAUGUCCAGAUGGAGAUGAAGUCACCUGUCUCACAGCUAUCAAAGGAACGCCUGGCUUCUCCUCCGGACAACACUACUGGGAAGUUUCUUUGGGACAUGCAUACCUAGAGCCCAAGAAGUCCUGGUGGAUAGGAGUUACGAGUGCAGCUGAAAUCACUUCAAAUUUUUCUCCAAACACAUCCAACGGGUUCUGGUUUCUGUCUUCUUCUCCCAACAUAGAAAACACUUUACAGUUUAACACAGAGCCAAGGAUAUGUCUCCCCAUUCAGUCGAGACCAAAAAAAGUUGGGGUGUAUUUGGAUUAUGACAAGGGAGUGCUUUCUUUUUAUGAUGUGGAAGAUGAAAGGUUAAUCAGCUCUUUGGCCACUGUGUUUAUUAAGGAAGUGUUUCCGUUUUUCAACCCGGGGACAACUGACCAUGCAGUUAUGGAGAUACUACAAAGAACAGAGCAGAUCAAUGAUGCAGUUACAGAAAAGUCAACAUAAAUACCAUCAAAAACACAUGGCGAGGGAGAGUAAAAUUCGGUUGUUUCUGCAUCUUCACUAAAGCCGGUGUAGGUACUUUACCGAUUUGGAACACUGAUUUCAUUUUUAUUCAACACAGUUAAACUGUACCGUCAUAGUCAUAGUAGCACAUGUUUAAGUACCUAUAUCAAAUGCAUUUUUAAAAAUAAUUGUGUAUGUUCUGUUCUGCACUACAACAAACAAAUGGUUAGAAAAUAUGCAAUCACCUACAAAAUACCUCCAAGUAGAAACUCAGAUGAAAAACCCAAUUAUCCUGCAUGUUGUGGACCAUUAUCACUGUUUAACACACAUAGAUAUAACCAGGGUGCGAUUUGUGAAAAAACCAGAGGGGGGGAUAAUUUUGAGAAAUAUUUUUAUUCCGAAAAAUUACCACACAACAGCGGGCCAACAGUAUAGGCUAUAUGAAAACUUGUUUCUUGUGUAAACCUUACACUUAAGCUACAUAACGUAGGCAGUAGGCCUAUCUUGAACAUGAACUGAACCACUGCAUUUGCAGAAAUAUUUUCUCCUAAUAUUGUUUUUAAAUGUGCUAAAUAAAAAUAAAUAAACAAAAUUCAUAUUUUUUUAAUUCUUUCUCGAUAUCAGUUUCACAGAAAACAUGGGAGCUCUCCUCAGCCGGGGAGAUGCUG